GUGGAGGGGACAGGACGGACAGCGUUCGUAACUUUGGUCUUGUUUUCCUGGAUUUAGCCUGUCAGGCAUGUUAUGUCUAAAACUUUUGCUUCGACAAAAUGUCCAUAUUAUAGAUAUUGUCAGGGUAAAGGUUAGACAUGAGACUUUAGGGGAUUAAUCUGUGCAAAAUACCGAACAGUGAACCAUUAGGGGAUUUAUUUAGUAAAAGAGGAGGGGUGUCUUGGCAGGAAGUAAUGCCUGAGAGGCUUUCCCCAGGGCUAAGUCUAUUCAUCUCCCUAGUCAGAGGCCAACUGUGUCCGGUUAUGGCCAAAUAAACAGCUUUCAGUGAAUUAAUGAAGGCGGUAGGACCCAUUGUUACCCGGACGACGAGCCCCCUGGUUUCUUCUGCACUACAGACUCUCUUCUCUACUAACACCGCCUCCACCAUGACUGCUGCUGUGAGAGGCUCUGCCAGAGUGCCAGUCCGAGGCGCUGGCGAUGGCAUGGAAACUGAAAAACCGCCCGCCAUCCUGGAGGUAAACACAGAUACACCAUCACCAGACUCAUCUGCAGUUCCCCUCCUGAAGGUGGCUAGCCCAAAACGCAGCCCCAAAUCUACGCAUACUGCUCCCCCUGCGUCCCCCCAGCCUCUCGGGGUGCUCCACCUGGGCAAGGUGAGUCGAGAGGCCUGCACGGAGGUGGAGGCCGUGAGGAUCAUCGUUCCGCGUUCUGCUAUUAGCCGGUGCACCCGUACAGGACCUGCUGAGGGCAAAGGGGAGGCUGAGGAGCAGAGCUCUCCCCCGCGGCCUCUGGUGGAGGACUGGAGAGGACAACUGGAGAAGCUGCUGAACUCUGAACGCAGGCUGCUGCAGGACAAGGAAGGCCUUUCCAAUCAGCUCCGUGUGCAGACAGAGGUGAACCGUGAGCUAAAGAAACUGCUGGUGGCGUCGGUGGGUGAUGACCUUCAGUACCACUUUGAGCGUCUGUCACGGGAGAAGAACCAGCUGAUUUUGGAGAACGAGGCUCUGGGCCGGUGUCUGACACACACCGCAGAGCAGCUUGAGCGAAUGAGUAUCCAGUGUGACGUUUGGAGGAGCAAGUUCCUGGCCAGCAGAGUCAUGGCAGAGGAGCUGACAAAUGCCAGAGCCGCUCUACAGAGACAGACCAGAGAGGCACAGGGAGCAAUUCAGGACCUGCUGUUGGAGAGAGAAGAUUUCUCCAGCAAUAUGAUGCUCACUCACAGAUCUCUGGAGCAGCUCCUGGUGUCUCUGCAGUGGGGCAGACAGCAGACUUACUACCCCAGUGCACAGCCCCUCAGCACAGGAGAGCUGGCAGCGGCCAAUCACAAGCUAGCAGACGCCAUCAACUCCCACCUGCUGGGGAACACCUGCAGCAGCGUGGUGAAGAGCAGCAGUGCAAUGGCUGAGCAGCUCUGCAGCACUCCGGCGGAGAAGAUGGCUGAGAAGGUGCUGAAGAUUUUAGAUCCAAUUUCCUGUUCAGAAAACAAGGCAGACCCUCCGCUCAAUGACUCCACGCCCUCAAGCUUUCUCAGCAAUAAGAAGAGCAUCGGAAGGUUUCACCCAUAUACCCGAUAUGAGAACAUUACUUUUAACUGCUGCGAGCGCUGCACUGGAGACAUCCAGGUGCUGUAGAGGUCAAGAAGAAAUGGCAAAAUGUCGCCACGGGACACCGAUGCAGCAUCAGAGCUUAUUUCAAACCAUUACAUCUUAACAGGAGUGUACUCUGGAGAUUAUUGCUGCUCAGUGAUAAGUGACUUCUUCAGUCAACACCAAAAGUAAGCUGCUCCAGAUGUGUUCUGUAUCCGUAUGAGGCCUUUUGCUCCCCAAAUCAGUGUGUCACAGCUCUGAUUGAUUGAUUUCCACAAUAUCAGAAUUUAAAAAGAAAAUGUUAUCAACCUGCUGUUUUUUUUUUUUGCUCUAACUUGGAGGAAAAAAAAAAGCUAAAUAAGAAAAUGUAGUUUUUGUUGUUUUCAGGGAUCAUGAUAUGAAAGUGAUACACAUAAUUUAUUUCAGAGCUAUUUCAGCCUGGGUUAAACUAUGGAAAGUGCUAUUUAUUGCUGGGAUGUGAGGUCAAGAUGAGUCUGUGUUACAUGGUCAACAGACACUUUUAGGGUGUCUGUUCCUUCAAACUUGAACAGUGUGUUUUAAAUUGUAUUUACAUAAUCAUACGUUUAAUGUGCAAACAUGUUAUGUUGUGGAAGGGGAAGUUAACAAACAGAUAAUUAUCUAAUUGCAGUCACACAUGCACUGUACCUGUAUAAUAAAUGAGUGAGGAUGCCUCUUAUACAGCGGGGGUCUCCUCGGUAUGACGGUGCUAUAUUUUUAAAACAUUGUAUAAAUAUAUUUUGUAUAAUGCAAGGCCAUUAAAAUAUAAAUUAAAUAUAUUGGAGGAGGUUUGACAGAAUUAUAAUAUACUUAUUGUACACACACAUUAUUUGCAAGUUUGACUUGUGUGGUGUAGCAAAGAAAUUGGAUGCAACAUUUAAAACUUUUUUAAAUGAUUAAGUCAUUAAUUUUUGGGUGUUUUUUUUGUAAUAAAAAAAAAAAUGACAUGGUCAAUAAUAAUAAUAAUACAGUACUAUAAAAUGCAGAGUAAUAUAUUGCACAUGCCUUUUUGCAAUUGUCUUAACCCAAGCUGUAUACUAUUUUGGUUUAUUUCAUCUGUAUGGAAAAGUUAGCAUUGAUAUUGAUGGUAUCAUUUACAGUGAAAGCCCACUAUAAAACAUUUAUAAAUCUUUCAUUUUCCAUAUCACACCUAAAUAAAGACCAAAGGUUUUGUUUUUUAAA